AUGAGCGAUUCGAACCUCAUCUCCUGGGCCGUUCCUCGCCUGGCCCAACUACUGCCGCUGGAUGAGGAAUCCCUCACCCAGAUCGUCACGUACUCCGCCAACCUGUCCAAGGAAGAAGGCGCCGAACACCUCAAGAAUCUCCUCGGCGACUCCCCCGCCGCAUUCGAGUUCAUCGCGUCCUUCAGCGCCCGCCGGGAGCCUCAACGGUCGCAACCUGCCGCCCCAGCACGAGGCGGCGGCGACAAUCAGCCUGCGACCGCCGACACCCCCGCCCCCCGAGGCGGAGCUCGAAAGGGCAAGAAGCCGAAGGCACCGCUGCACAGCGCCGGACCCGUUCGGCGGCCGGAGAAUUUUGGGAAUGUGACAGGCGGCUACAGGAAGGAGGACCGGGACGCGGAUUACAUGGCUGCUGCGCCGGCGCGGAUGUCUACGAGAGGGGAUACAGUUACGGGCUCGUUACAGGUUCCACGACAGCAGGGCGCUCCAUCGUCGCGCGACUCGUCCGCCGCACCGUCCCGCACCCAGUCCCCCGUGCCGAGAACCACCACCCCCAAGAACCCCCCGUCUGCGUCGGGACAACUCAUCUCAGAUCUCCUGCCGAACGUGAAGGCGAAGGCGGCGAAGCCGUCAUCCUCGUCGCGACAGCAGGGAGGAGGGUCAGGCAAGGGAUCGCUGACAACCAGCAACAUCUCCGACCUGACGGCGGCGAUCGCCGCGCUGGAAGUCUCUACGAACCCGACGCUGGGCGGCGGCGGCGGCGGCGGCCGGAAAUGCACCUGCUACGCUUCGAUCCACCCGCUCUUCGAGCCGGUCCCGAACUGUCUGCACUGCGGCAAGAUCAUCUGCUCGCUCGAGGGUCUGCAGCCGUGCUCGUUCUGUGGGACGCCGCUCCUCUCCACCGACGAGGUGCAGAGUAUGAUCCGGGAGCUGCGCGCGGAGCGCGGACAGGAGAAGAUGCGGGCGCACAACGAGGGUGUGCAGCGGGAGAGCGGGCCGGGCCCGACACCCGUCGGGGCCAGCAAGCUGGACGCGGCGAAAGCGCACCGCGACAAGCUGCUGCAGUUCCAGGCGCAGAACGCCAAGCGCACGCGGGUGGUGGAUGAGGCUGCGGACUUUGAGACCCCGAAUGUGGCGUCGACGCUGUGGAUGAGUCCUGCGCAGCGGGCGCUGGCACUGAAGAAGCAGCAGCGCAUCCUGCGGGAGAUGGAGGAGAAGGCGCGGCCGGAGUGGGAGAAGAAGACGACAAUCAUGAGUCUGGAUAUCAAGGGUGGUCGUGUGACGCGGGUGUACCAGUCCGCUGCGCCGGCGGAGUCGAGCUCCGCUGCGGAUACGAAGGAUGAGGAUGCCGAUGAUGUUCCUCGCGACGAGACGAAGCGCAGUGGUCGCGAAGCGUUCAGCCACAAUCCGUUGCUUGCCGCUGGCGGUCUGCUCCGGCCGGUCUGGAAGACUGAAGAAAAUACGCCGGCCGAGGGGACGACGACGACGACGACUCCAAAGGAGCGGAAGCAGACAUGGCGCCGGGUCCAGGACGACAACGACGACAAUGAACAAUGGAUUCUUGAUGGUGGCUUGCAUGGGUAUACCUCUUAG